CCGUAAGGAGAAGAAUAUUGUCAGUGAAAGGACUCUGGAUAUUCAAGAGUUCUUGCACAAAAGAGGAGCGAAUCACAGCGGAGAUGAUGUCAGCUUUUGUGUGGUGGCUAUUGUACUUCACUGUCUGUCUAGCUGCAGAUCCCUCCAUCGUGACCCAGCUUCCAGAUUCAUAUUCAGACAAGACCUACUAUCUUGUGAAUGAGAUGAAGAAUUGGACAGAUGCUAAGAGUCACUGUGAGCAAAACUACACAGAUCUGGCUGUUAUCUAUAAUCAGGGAGACUGGAAACAAGUACUAGCAGCUGUAGAGUCUUCAACAAGUGAAAUGUGGAUUGGACUUCACAGAGAUCGGGAGUGGAAGUGGUCAAAUGGAGAGGACUUCAUGUACUUUAACUGGAAUUCUGGCUGGGGCACAACAUCUGGAUAUGAUUGUGCUUACUCAUACUCAGGAAGAUGGCAGACAGUAACUUGUGCAGGCUACUAUACAUAUAUGUGUCAGAAAGUGACAAACACAAGUGGGAUACUGAUUAAGACGUAUGAAUAUAAGUCAGUGAGUGCCACAUGGGAAAAUGCUCGUACUUCCUGUAAAAGUGAAAAUGGUGAACUAGCAAGUAUCACCAAUAAACAAGAUCAACAAGAGUUUAAUAAAAUUGCUCCUAAUAACACAAACAUCUGGAUUGGACUGAAGAGAGAUAAUGAUGUGUGGAAGUGGUCUAGUGAGGAACCGUUUCAGAACUGGGCUACUAAUGAUUCCUCCCCCAUGAAGAACUGCAUUAAACUGUCUGGAGAUAAAAAAUGGACUCCUGAAGACUGUUCACAUAAGUACAUGUUCUUCUGCUACACAGUGACUCCCACCUUUACUACAGAGUCCACCAAUUCCAGUGAGACCACUACAGUUACACCACCCACCAGUUCGGCCACCAGUGGAACUACUCUCUCUAACACACCUUCAUUGACUCCCAGCUUUACCACACAGUCCACCAGUUCCAGCAGGUGGAGUGUCCAACCGCCCACCGGUUCACCAGCUGCCAGGUUCACCACGGCUAUAAAACCCACCAGUACAGCCUUCAGUGGAACUACUCUCUCUAACACACCUUCAUAUAACCUGACCUACAUUCCUGAUCAAAAAAACUGGAUUGAAGCACGGAAAUACUGCCGCAAUCAUCACAAGACUUUAGUGCACAUCAUAAACUCUACAGUGCAGGAAUACGUCACACAGAUGCUGCAGAAUAAGUUCUAUCCAAAUGGUGUAUGGAUUGGGCUUGAGAGGAACAUGCGCUUAACGUGGCUGUGGACUGGUGGACCCAACCUGAACUAUUCUGAAUGGCAUUCUAGCUUUCCAGUGGACCCCAUCAAUCACUACUGUGGCAAACUAGGUGGCAAUGGGACCCAGUGGCUGGAUUUUUGUUGCAGGGAGGAGCUCCCUUUCAUCUGUCAGGAUUAGACCACUAGGAGGAGCUACUUCAUGGGAAAAAAGUCUUUAGUGAAACAUUGAAUUAAUGUUGGAGCUUCAUAUUAAAGUGAUCAAGAAUCCAGCUGGAGUGCAGAAGUAGCUCUGCUGUCUGACCUAAACAGCU